GAGAUCUAAGUUGGGUCGCUUAGGCGAAAAGCGUGUGUACCAACCACUGCGCUUACUGAUGUGGCAUAAUGGAUAUGGUGUCUGCUUAGCGACCGGGAGGUUACAGGUUGGAUCUCUACUGUGGGAGCGUUCUUUAUAUCUCCCCCAAGACACUAAGUACUGGUUAUAGGCCCAGGAAACAGACCCAAUAGCAUUUCAAAUAAGCCUGAACCUUUCGAUGCAAUGGAGCUAAAAUAAAUAGGUUUAAACUAAACUAUCUGGAACGCCAUAAAGACUCCAAGAAAAAAUAUUUUGGCUAUCUUAAUACUCCUAGCAUAGCCCCCAGGGUCAAAAGGAGAACUGUGUAUUUUAAGCCCCAUAAUGGAAUCAGCUGUAACAGAAAGAGAUGAGAGUGGAUGUGAGAAGACCUCUGAGCUUGCAAUACAAAUCUACGAUUCCAGCAACAAUCAGCACAGUGAAAUGGGAAACUCUGAAAAGGAAACAAUAUAUAUGGCUACAACACAGAAGGAAAAACGGCCGCCAAGAUCAGAAAGGAAGAGACGACGUCAUGAAGAACUUUUGCUUAGAAAGCGUGAAAACAGGAAGAAAAAGAAAAUGGAAAUGAAGGAAAGAAAAAGAGAACAUGCAGAAACACAAUCUGAUGAUGCAAAUUCAAAGGCUGGAAUGAGAUCUCGGGAAGAAGUUCGACAGCGCUGUGAAGAAGGCAUGAAGACCGGCCAGAUCAUCUGUAUUGACUGUAGUCUAGAACACCUGAUGAGUAGCAAGGAGAAAGGCAAGCUGGCCAUGCAAGUGGGUCGCCUGUACGGGUCCAACAGAAGGGCAGAUAAACCUGCCCAUAUCUACCUGACUGGCUUGAAGAAAGGGGGACAACUCUAUCAGGAAAUGGUGAACAAGAAUUCAGGAUUUGAAAACUAUCUGAUUGAUGUAGCUGAGAAGACACAUGUUGAGUUGUUUCCCAUGGACAGAAUUGUCUACCUUAGUCCAGACUCAUGCAUCCCUCUUGAUGAUAUAGAUCAGGAAAAAGUCUAUGUCAUAGGAGGGCUGGUAGACGAAGGGAUCAAAAAGAAUGCCACACAAGAUCGAGCCCUAGAGGCCCACAUCCCUACAGCCCGACUCCCCAUCCAAGAGCACAUGACCAGACAAGAUGGCAUGCCUACCUCACUAGUACUCGCUGUUAAUCAAGUGUUCGAUAUUCUGCUCAACUUCACUCAAACACGUGACUGGAGUCGGGCGCUUGCAGUAGGCGUCCCGCGUCGGAAAGGCUUCAUCGCCCAUAGCAACGCAUUUAGCAAUGAUCAAAGAGAAGAUCAUAACAACACUCAUGGCAACGAACAUAUCAACGCCCAUAGUAACGAAAAAAGCAACAAACAUUGCAAGGCACAUGGAAACAAAGAAAGCUACACUCAUAGCAACGAGGUCACGUGACACGGAUGUUAUAACGUCUAGAAAUAAAUCUGUUGUAUUUA